GGGAAACACAUGUCGUAAACAAACACUUGAUUUACAAAUGAAUGAAAUGUUGAAACAAAUCACCAAAACUUGUCUACCGUUGCGACCAGUGGUCAGUCGGAGGAUACCAUUCCUCACGACCACUACCACCACAUCCAUGACCAGAUGUGUGUCGACGACCGCCGGACGGCAUACCUAUCAAUACAAUUCCGAUGGCGUGAAGCCAUACCCGGAGCCCAAGCGAUGGCCCGAAAAAAAUCUAAUCGUUUUGCCGCCGAAAGGGUUGUCCGAAGAACCGGAAGUUAGGACAUACUGUCACUACAGAGCAAACAUCAAAUACUCGCCGAAGAAGAUGUGGUUUAUCACCAGUUUUAUCCGAGGCAUGACUGUGGACGAGGCGGUCAAGCAGUUGGAGUUUGUGCCGAAAAAAGGCGCCCAAAUCGUGAAGGAAGUGCUUCUGGAGGCCCAGGAGAUAGCGGUUCGCGACCACAACUUCGAGUUCAAGUCCAAUAUGUGGAUCGGCGAGAGUUUCGCCACAAAAGGCUAUGUCAUGAAAGGCAUCCGAAAGCACGCGAGGAUGAGGUUCGGAGAGAUCCGGUACUUCCACUGCCAUUACUUCGUGCGACUCGUUGAGGGACAGCCGCCUAAAGAC